CAAAAAAAAAAAAACAUCCCAUCAAAAAUAAUAAUUCUUACUUUUUCUUCUAGAAAGCGAUUUCUAGGGUUUUCGAUCGUUUCUGUGCCACUAGUUCAAACCCUUCGAACUCAACAUGAGAAGAGGAGAAAACUCAUAUUCUAUCCCCAUUGAUCUCAUCACAGAGAUACUCUCGAAAUUGCCAGCCAAAUCAAUAGCUAGGUUUUCUUGCGUUUCAAAGCCAUGGAGUUCUAUGCUUGCCAGUCCAUACUUCAAAGAGUUGUUCUUCACCAGGUCCCUGGCUCGGCCGCGUAUCUUAUUCUCCGUUAAACGAGAUGGUAACGAUUUGUGUUUUUUCUCGUCGUCACAGCCUAGUAAUCCAUAUGAGAAGUCGUCAUCUCUUGUAGUUACCGCCGACUCUCACAUGAAGUUACCUAAAGACAGGCUUACAAGUUAUUGUAGACAUGCCUUGGGUUUGGUCUAUUUCUGUGGACCUAAGGAGAUUGUGAUAUGUAACCCUAGCACGGGACAGUUGGCUCUUUUACCCAAAGUAGGGAUGCUGAGUGUGAGAAACUAUUUAGGGUUUGAUCCGGUUGACAAACAGUUUAAGGUAUUGUCCAUAAACUUUGACAAGCCGGAUCGAGUUUUGACACUAGGAGGGACUGGAGGCAAUUCGUGGAGGGAGCUCUAUUGUCCCUUAAAACAUUUUUCUACGCGUGGUUUGCAUGAAGAGAUAUGCAUCAAUGGGGUUUUGUAUUUCUUUGCUACACAAAACAAUGGACUUUCUCAUCUGAUUGUUUGCUUUCAUGUUAGGUCUGAGGAAUUCAAGUUUAUCUACAAAGAUUUCUUGGAACGAGAGAAAAGAACGUACACUGAUUUUAUUAGUCACCGGGGUAAUACUAAACUGAUAAACUAUAAGGGUAAACUAGGCGUGAUUACUCUGGAGUAUGAUUAUAACCUUUUGGAUCUGGAUCGUCAU